CUCUUCGCCUACGGUCGCCCGCAACGGAGGGGCGAUGGAGUCGCUCCGCGUCCAGCGGCUGCAGCCGGGCGUCGGCGGGACGCUGCGCUCGCUGCGGCCCGGCGUGACGACGGGGGCGCUUCCCUCGGCCGCCUCAGCUCCGCCUCUCCCGCCGCCCCCACCGCCGCUCGGGCUGACGCUCACCUUGGGGCCGCCGCCGGCCCCUCCGCCGCUCCCCCCCUCCCUCUUGCCGGGAGUGACGGCCGGCGCCACCGCUGCCGCCAGCCCUCCGGGAGCCGCCGGGGGCCCUCCCGCCGUCCUGAGGGAGGCCGUGGAGGCCGUGGUGCGGAGCUUCGCUAAGCACACGCAGGGAUACGGCCGCGUCAAUGUUGUUGAAGCGCUUCAGGAAUUCUGGCAGAUGAAGCAAUCCCGUGGUGCUGAUCUGAAAAAUGGCGCUCUGGUGGUUUACGAGAUGGUCCCAUCCAACAGCCCUCCUUACAUUUGCUAUGUUACGUUGCCAGGAGGGAGCUGCUUUGGCAGUUUUCAGUUUUGUCCAACGAAAGCUGAAGCCAGAAGAAGUGCUGCAAAAAUUGCACUGAUGAAUUCAGUCUUCAAUGAACAUCCAUCCCGUAGAAUCACGGAUGACUUUAUUGAGAAAAGUGUCAUGGAGGCCUUGGCAUCUUUUAACGGUAACAGAGAGGAAGCAGAUAAUCCAAGUACAGGUAUUGGUGCAUUCCGCUUCAUGUUGGAGUCCAACAAAGGGAAAUCCAUGUUAGAGUUCCAGGAACUGAUGACAGUUUUCCAGCUGCUACACUGGAACGGUAGCCUUAAAGCCAUGCGAGAGAGGCAGUGCUCAAGACAGGAGGUGCUGGCACACUACUCCCAUCGUGCCCUGGAUGAUGAUAUACGGAACCAGAUGGCAACGGAUUGGGUCAACCGAGAGCAGAACAUCCCAGGGGCCCUUUCCAGGGAGCUGGCCUCGACUGAGCGUGAACUGGACGAAGCUCGGCUAGCUGGAAAGGAGCUGAGAUUUCACAAGGAGAAGAAAGACAUCCUGAUGUUGGCUGCUGGCCAGCUGGGGAACAUGCAUUCUUCCAACUGCUAGGACUCUCUCGUAGCUCUUUCACUCCCUUCUUAACUACUCUCUCUUCCCACAAUAGUUUGCUGAAGAAGUCGGAAGGAAUGUUACAAAUACGAAGAAGCCCCGUGUUCAGCCCGAUUUUUUCCUAAUUUUAUUGUGCAAUGUGAUGUUUGUGUUUGGGAGACUUUAGUGCAGAAUUUGAAAAUAACCUUAAUUGCCUUAAUUUUUAGUUCUAAGUGUCAGGUGUCCUCCCAUUAGAGAAGGAAACCGAGGGUAACCUUUUUUGGGGGUGGGUGGGGGGGAAACUGUCGAGUUUGUUCAGAACUCGGCUUCAAUUCUAACCACCUGAAAGGUGUCAUUGAACAGCCUCCAGUGCUUUGCUUUCCAAGAACAGAGGACCAAUUGCACACUUUUUUAAAAACAAGAUUGUUGAAAAUUCUGUAUAGAUUUUAUACUUGGACCUCUGGUUAUCUUUUCGUUCUGCUGAAGAACUUUUUGUAGAACAUACUAAUAAUGUAACUUUUUUGGGAGAAAUAGACCUUUGUUCAAAUCUUGAUUCUAUCCAGGUUGUCAGUAUUAAGUAGAAAAGGAACACUGCCACAGAAGAAUGCCAGUGUUUGUUAUUAGGGUAUAAUGGAUUGAUAUAUGCUACGCAGAUGUGUACCUACAGCUAAAGUAGUUUGAUAUACACCAUCUUAUAAGUAGAGCACUUAAAACACCCUGUUUCCGUUAUUGUCCAAUCUCCAGUAGGAUUCUAUUUUAACUGGACUGGUUGUCACUUUUUUCAGUGCCAUAAACUUUGAACAGUCCCUACACUACUGUUGUAAAUCAAGGACUACCUAUAUUGACCAUGACUUAAUUUUAUAUUGUUGCUGUGUUCAAGAUUUACUUUCAAAAUCUUAGGACACAUUAAGGAAUGUUGGUCUCCGGCAUGCCAGGUUAGUUUGGUUCUUUGCUGGGUUUUUUCUCAUGUGUAAACAAGCCCUGAUCCAGUACAAAAACUUGGCCUACGAUAUCUCUUGAUCAAAAAUUUCAGGCCCUCUUAAGGUAAAUGGAGCAACUUGCAAAAGUUGGGUGGUCUGUUCUGGUUGAUUAUUAUAGUAAAGAUUUGACUGAUGGGGGAAAUAUUAGCUGGUGAUCAGUGGGCUCAAAGUGUUUUUUUGGUCUUCAUGUCUUCAAUAUCUUGCCAUUUGUAUACAUGAAAUAAAACAAUAUCCUCUUUUUAUAUAUAUACAUAUUUAUAUUUAUAUAUUUUAUACAUAGGUAUUGUUUACACAAUAUUAAUGUUUAAAGCAUUUAUAAAGUUAGCUUACAACUAAAUUCUUUGAAGAAGAAUACUAGUUCAGACUAGUCUGGCUGACUGGUAAGACCCAUAUUUGGGUUAUUUCUCUUACCUGAA